AUGGAUCCAUUAGAGGAAUUAAGUAAAUCAUCAAGAAGUGUUAGAGUGUCAAUUCACAACUCAACAUCAAAGAGAUUGAUUUUAAAGUCACAUCCUCUUAUUUCGGGUCAAUGGAAGGUUACUCCACCUGAAACUAUACUCCCUUUGAGUACAAUUGAAUUUGGUACAGAAUCAAGUAAUUUACUUGGAAGUACAGAAGCAGGAUCAAUCUAUCAGAUUGAGGGAUCAUUGGAAGGACAAGGACAAUUUGAAUUCUAUUGGAACAACCCAUACUUUGGAAAGAGAGGAUUCCGUCGUUUAGCAUCACCAGGUUUUGAAUGUGACUACAAGGUGAUUGACACCAAUACAUGUGUACUUCGUUUUACCGUCAAAGAGAUAGACUCUGGAUUCCUCAAAGAGGUGGAGGACUUGGAGGGUGAAAUCAAGACAUUGUCGGGAUUGAUUGUCGAGAGUGACACCGCCUUGAAGGGCAUGACCAAGAUGAUGCAAGUGUAUCAAUCGCAAAACGACACCAAGCAGGUCAAGUUGGUCGAAAACACCGUGCGUGAAAAGACCAAGCAUCUUGAAGACCUGCGUCUCAAGAAGGAGUCGCUGGCCAAGGAGAUAGAGACAAUCAAGCGUCUCGAGAGCGACCCCAAGUUUAUGGAGCAGAACCUCACCAAGAUCCGUGAGGCUAUCGACGGUGCCGUCAAGGCUCGUAAGGGUAUGGAGCAUAUGCGCGAGGUCUAUGACAAGCAAAAGGACAUAAAGUCAAUCGAAGGUCUCGACAAGCAGAUCGAGGUCAAGAAGCGCGAGACUGACGCACUGCGUAAACGCGAGCAAAAGGUCAUCCAAAAGGUGAUCGAGUUGAAAAAGGCAUUGGGUAUUGGUGCGACUGUCAUCCCCAAGAUCCGUCGUGUGCAAGCACUCUACGACUACACCAAAAACAGCGACGAUGAGAUUUCAAUGGCAAUUGGCGACAUGAUCGACGUCAUCAACGACGAGAAUCCCGAGUGGUUGGGUGGACAGCUCAACGGCCAAGUCGGAUUCUUCCCUCGUUCAUUUGUCAAGUUUUUGGAGGACACUACACCCGCACCAACCAACGCUGCUACAGGUGUUGCUGCUGCUGCAUCAGAUUCACAAGCUGCUGCUUCUGCUGCCGGUGCACCCGAUCAAGAAGAUUAUACCAGUCUCUACCCCAAGGCACGUGUCGUAUAUCCACAUAAUGCAACUGACGAGGGUGAGAUUACACUCGUCGUCGGUGACACGAUCACUGUCUACUCGUGGGAAGACGACUACUGGUGGGAGGGUGUAUUGGGAGACAAGUCGGGAUACUUCCCCUCGUCAUGUGUCGACUGGAUUGAACCAGAAGGUGAAAUCACCGUUCAAGACAACUCUUACUCUUAUUAUGAAGAGACUACAUCUUCUGCUGAAGCAAAUCCAGUUCCACCAACUCCAACCACUCCUCAACAACAACAAACAUUACAACCAACAACAACAACAACCACUCCACAACUCAACAAGACUCCAUCUGGAAAUAAAUUGACAACUCAUCUCAAUACCAAUAAUAGUAAUAGCAAUAACAAUUCACAAAACAAUUCACCAUUGUCUAGUUCUCCAAAUACUCCAUCUCCACUUGUCAAGAAACAAGAUGAACCAGUCAAGACUGCAACCCUCCACACUACACCAAAGAGAGAGUUACCAACUACUCCAGCAGUUGUCAAACCAACUCCAACUCCAGUCGUUCAUACUCCAACUCCAACCCCAGUUGUUCAUACCCCAGCACCAGUUGUACCUACCCCAACCCCAGUUGUUCAUACUCCAACACCAACUCCAGUUGUUCAUACCCCAGCACCAGUUGUUCAAACUCCACCUGCUCUACCAAUCAAGAACUCUCAUUUACAUACAUCUACACCAAUCAAUAACAACAACAACAACAACAACAAUAUUUCAUUGGUUGGAGGAUCAUUUGAUAAGAUUCUUAAACCACUUUUAGAAGAACUUUCAAAACAAUUGGUUGAAGCUCAUCAAAAGGAAACUGCACAAUUACAUUCAAGAAUUGCAGAACUUGAAAAAGAAGUACAAUCUUUGAAAAAUAAUUCAACUUCCUCAUCCUCUACAUCAUCAAAUACUACAACUACUGCUACGACCACAUCUAUUCCAUUCUCACAUGUAAAACCACCAUCCGCUUCACCAGGUACUAUUAAACCAGCACCAACUGUUACCUCUGUUGCAUCUGUGGUUUCAAAAGCAACCAUUAUUAGAAAAAGAAUAUAA